AUGCCUAAGGCCACCAAGAACACUGGUAAGAAGCCUGCACCUGCUCCCUACUCGAAGAGUAGCUCGAGCAAGUCGAACACGAACCCUCUCUUUGAGAGCCGCCCUCGUCACUUUGGCAUUGGUCAGGACAUUCAGCCCAAGCGCGACCUGACGCGCUUUGUCAAGUGGCCGGAGUACGUUCGUCUCCAGCGCCAGCGUGUGAUCCUCCAGCAACGCCUCAAGGUGCCCCCGGCUAUCGCCCAGUUCUCCAACACGCUUGACAAGAACACGGCGACGGCUCUGUUCAAGCUCAUGAACAAGUACCGCCCCGAGUCGAAGCAGGAGAAGAAGGCGCGUCUGGACGCCGUGGCCAAGGAGGUGGCUGCCGGCAACAAGGUCGACCCGAAGGCCGACGGCAAGAAGCCGCUCUACGUCAAGUAUGGUCUGAACCACUGUGUUGCUCUCAUUGAGGCCAAGAAGGCCAACCUCGUCGUGAUUGCUGACGACGUUGACCCUAUUGAGCUUGUGGUGUUUGUGCCCGCCCUCUGCCGCAAGAUGGGCAUUCCUUACGUCAUUGUCAAGUCGAGCUCGCGUCUCGGUGCCGUGGUGCACCUGAAGCGCACGGCUAUCGCUGUCAUCCAGGACGUUCGUUCUGAGGACGAGCGUGAGCUUGCUGACCUCGUGUCGGCUGCCAAGGCCAACUACCUUGACAAGUACGACGAGGCUCGUCGUCACUGGGGCGGUGGUAUUCGUGGCAACAAGUCGGUCGAGAAGCUGCGCAAGCGUGUCAAGGCUGCUGGCCAGAGCCCCGCUACGGUUGCCAAGGAUUCGCUCUAA